AUUAUAUUAUAAAAAUUCAUUGUGGGGUUUCAAGUUUUGAAUGUGUGAAAGCACAAUAAGAUUCUUUCAAAACACACACACACAAAAGAAAGAAAACUCAAUCAAUAUCAUAACUUUACACCUAUUCAUAUUCAUGGCCACCCCAACCCACUAUGAUUUCUUAUCUAUAAAUAUCAUAACAAAUAGGCGUGUGUCCUCCACACUCCAAAUAUAUCCAUCCAUAAUUCCCUCUCUCUUUUCUCUUUCUUCCUUAAUAUAAUUACCUUCCACCAUGGCCGCCACCACCCAAUCUUCAUCUGAGCCUAAACCCUCCGCCGUAUUCCCCUUAAAAGACAUUGAAAAACAACAACCACUUAAACUUGAGUCCCAGUCGGUGGACUACACCGCCAGGGCUCAGUGGCUCCGAGCAGCAGUGCUCGGAGCUAACGACGGACUCCUCUCCACAGCAUCGUUGAUGAUGGGAGUAGGAGCCGUAAAAACCGACGUUAAAACAAUGGUGCUAACCGGCAUAGCCGGCAUGGUGGCCGGCGCGUGCAGCAUGGCGAUUGGAGAGUUUGUUUCGGUUUACUCUCAGUACGAUAUUGAGCUGGCCCAGAUGGACAGAGAUGGUGGGCGUGAUAAGGAGAGGAUGAAGAAGCUGCCGAGCCCAUGGCAGGCGGCCGCGGCUUCGGCGUUGGCGUUCGGUGUUGGGGCUGCGGUGCCGCUCCUUGGGGCUGCGUUUGUUAAGGAGUAUAAGGUGAGAUUAGGAGUGAUUGUUGCUGUAGUGAGCUUAGCUUUGUUAGGGUUUGGAGCUUUGGCUGCCAUAUUAGGGAAGGCUCAUCCUGUUAAGUCUUCAUUGAGGGUUUUGUUUGGAGGUUGGAUUGCCAUGGCUGUUACUUUUGGUUUAACUAAGCUUGUUGGUUCUACUGGACUAUAGGAAUUAAGUUAUCAUUUUUAAUAUAUUAUUAUUACAUAUAUAGAUAUACAUCAUAUAUACAUAAAGAUUGAAAAAAUCGGUUUUACAUGACCAAUAUGGUAGUGAUGGGACUAUAUAUAUAAUUAGAAUGAAUUAAUUAAUUGUUCAAAAAAAAAAAAAAAAUGAAUGAGGUAAAUAAUGUCACAUGAUAUAGUGGGUGAUUAUUGGCCUAUUAGUUCCUAUAUGUGAUGUGCCACUAUAUAUAUAUUUAUAUAUAUUAUGAUGCAUCAUCACAUAUAGUAAUGAAUAACAACAUAACGUGUCAUGUACGUAUAGUGUGUGUCUUUUGUACAAGUGUAUGAGUAUUGAUUUAAUUAUCAUUACUUAAUUGAUAUACCAUAAGGUUGUAAACUUUAAUACGUGUAAUAAUAAUUUUAUAACAGAUUUCUUCUUGUA